AUGGCUUCCACCUUCUCUAAGCCCGCCAAAACCAUUGAUCCUCUUGCCCUCGAUGGCCUUCGCGUGUGCCUUAAAACCGCCGGACUCUACACGCCUGGCAUGCAUGGCUUUGACCGUGUCCUUCGCCGUUGGUCAGACACCGCGAUCAAGCAAGCUGGAGCUGUUGUGAUGCCCAGCGAGGCUGCCGACGUUAGCACCGCUCUUCUUUGGGCGCAGGAACACGGCAUCGAUGUUGCUGUCAAGGGUGGCGGUCAUUCCGCUGCCGGAACCAGCUCCAGCGAUGGCGGUUUGGUUAUCGAUCUAUGCCGUAUGAGGAAAGUUACUGUUGACGUGGAAAACAAAACCAUCACUGCCCAGGGCGGUGCUAUCUGGGAAGAAGUCGACCUUGAAGCCCAUGCUCACGGUCUGGCUGCUGUUGGCGGUACUGUCAACCACACGGGUGUUGGUGGCUUGACUCUGGGUGGUGGAUAUGGCUGGCUGAGUGGACAGUACGGCCUGGCCAUCGACAAUCUUCUCUCCGUCACUGUUGUUCUUGCCGAUGGCCGCGUCGUCACUGCGUCUGCUACUGAAAAUGAAGACCUCUUCUGGGCCUUGCGUGGCGCCGGUCACAAUUUUGGCGUCGCUCUCGAUUUUACUUUCCGUGCUUAUGAGCAGAAUGAGCCCGUCUUUUCCGGCAUUCUCGCCUUCGAGCCCCUCUAUCUCGAGUGUGUCGUUGAGGCUCUGAACAAUGCCAAACCAGAUUCUCGUGCCGCGGCCAUGGUCAUCUUCUUGAAACCCACCGACAAGCCCUGGCCUGUUAUCCAUGUUAUUCCAUUCUUCAACGGCCCCUACGACGAAGCCGUGGGCCACUUCCGUGAUCUCCUCAACCUCCACCCGACCGGCGACAGCGUGGGAAUGGUCCCCUACAAGAAAAUGAACACCCUUCAGAACCCCAUGUCGACCUACGGCGACCGCAAGACCUUCAAGGGCGUGUUCUACCAGCCCCCACUCGACACCCAUUUCGCUCGGACCAUCUACGAUGAGUUCGCUUGCAAAAUUGCCCGCGACCCCGACCUGGACGAGUCGGCUGUCAUCCUUGAAUUCCACGAUAUGCGCAAGGUUUGCGAAGUUCCCCAGACCGCUACGGCUUUCGCUAGCCGCAACACUAUCCGCAAUGGUAUUCUAUAUCUGCGCUGGAAAAAUGCCCGGAAGGACGCCGAGCACAAGGCGUGGGGCGACGAGCUUCAGGCUCGUUGGACCGCUCAGCUGCACAAGCAGAAUGGUGAGAAGGAGAAGGUCGAUGAGAAGAUGGACGAGAAGAUGGACGAGGACAAUGAAGUCCCUCAGUACUUGAACUACGCUGAACCUGGCAACUCUGCCGUUCCCAACAUCUACGGCAUCAACCUUCGCAAGCUGCAGGGUCUCAAGGCCAAGUAUGACCCGAACAACGUUUUCAAUAAGAUGCAGCCUAUCGAGCCGGUUCCUUUCGAGGCGGAUGCCGAGAACGAGAAGCAGCUCAUUGACUUGGAUUGA